AUGUCAGGCAAAGCACAGGGACGCGAAAUCGCCAUUAUCGGCUCCAGCGGCCAGGUUGGACAACCGACAGCCAAGGCUCUUCUCGCAUCUGGCAUUCACACCAUUACUGCUGUCCAACGCAUUGAAGCAACAAGACACGAUGCUGUCGUGCUCAUGCCACCUCUCACCCACCUCGUCAGUCUGCAAGAGUCAGCAGUCCGAGCAGCAGCGAAAGCUGGAGUUCGAUAUAUCCUACCUGCAGAGUUUGGUCCAGACCCUUUCGCGUCAAAGCUGAUAGAGGAUAACCAACUUCUGCAAGACAAGAAGAAGAUCCGCGAUCUGAUUGAGGAACUCGGUGUGAGCAGCUGGAUCUCAGUAGCUGUCGGCCCGUUCCUCGACAUGAACAUCAAAAGUGGUCUUUGGGGCAUCGAUGUUGUUGCACAGACUGGCCAGGCUACAGCUGCAGUAUUGAGCCUCCCUGGACGAAACUUGUCCCGGUAUGAGAACAAGGCUUUCUAUGUCCCAUCAUUUCAUCUAAGCCAGAAGGAGCUCCUACUAGCAGUUCAGAAGGCAAGAGGGACAGCGGACCAGGACUGGGAGAUAGACUACCAGGAUGUGAAUGAUGCACUGGGAGAUUGCAACGACAAGAUUCGGCAGAAAGAUGCCACUGCCCCAUUUGUCAAGUUCUUCCUUACUCAUUUCCGGGAGGGGAGUGGAGGAGACUUUGAAAGCAAGGUCGAUGUCAGUGAGGUUAAGAAGCUGCAUGAAAUCGGACUUCAGAGGGAGGCCGUCGACGAUGUGCUUGAAAGGGUUCUGUCAUAA